AUGGUCUUUCUCGAGAUUGCGCGAGCCAUCUACGACUACAGCGCCCAGAGCUCCGAGGAGCUGGAUGUGCAGGACGGCGACCUUCUAUUUGUCCUCGAACGCGGCGACGACGGCUGGUGGAAAUGCAAGAAAAAGGCCGCAUCGGACGACGAGGACGAGCCGGAGGGUCUGGUCCCCAGCAAUUACAUCGAGUCUGCCCAGCCGACACACCAUGCAAAAGCGCUUUACGACUACACAAAGCAGACGGAUGAGGAGCUGAGCUUCAAGGAGGAUGCGCGCCUUGAUGUCUACGACGAGUCUGACCCGGACUGGACUCUUGUGGGCUACGGCGGCGAGUAUGGCUUUGCGCCCGCGAUAUACAUUGAGCCUGCGCCGGCUGUCACAGCAGCGGAAGCCCCUUCGCUUCACGACCCGGCCCCGCCGCCUAUGCCCUCACGACCGCCCGCUGCCAACGACGACUCGAUACCAGGCGGAGAUGACUACCCCGGCCACGCUGCCGCGAAUCCUGCUGCCCAGCUAGCCGGAAUCAUCGCUCAGAGAACUGGAGGUGGAGAACGGGUGCUCGCGCCGCCACCACCUGCUACUCAGCGCAAUUACACCCCAGAAGCGAGCGAUGAUGAUGAGCCUGCACCAUCGCUACCUCAACGGCCCGCUUCCCAGCAGACUGUGCCUCCAUCGCCGACGUCUCGCGCGCAGAUGUCGUCGUCUGCAUCCCCUCGCGACCGCGAAUACAAUCGCCCCGGAACGAUGCCGUCGCCUCCACGCAAUCGAGCCGCCUCGACAUCACACGACGAUUACAAUUCGGAGCCUUUGCAAUCGCCAGGCUCAUUCCAUUUAUACAACGUGCACGAGAUGGUUUCACACAUGGGGAAGAACAAGAAGAUGCCGACUACACUGGGGAUAAAUCUAGCCAGAGGUAUCAUAAUGAUUAGUCCGGAGAAGAGCAGAGAUGGACCUAGCAAGGAAUGGACGGCAGAAAAGCUCACGCAUUACAGUAUUGAGGGCAAGCACGUGUUCGUGGAGUUGGUACGGCCCAGCAAGAGCGUCGACUUUCACGCUGGUGCCAAGGAUACCGCAAAAGAAAUUGUGGCCGCGCUGGGAGAAUUGGCGGGAGCUGUCCGACAAGAAGGACUCCGUGAGGUCCUGGCGGCAGCAAAUGUGGGAACUGCGGCGACUGGACAGAAGAAAGGGCAGAUGAGAUUUGAGUUCAUGGCCCAGGGCGAUGAUGAGGUCACCGUGGCUGAGGGCGACGAGGUCAUAGUACUGGACGACGCCAAGAGCGAGGAGUGGUGGAUGGUUCGACGACUGAAGAACGGCAAGGAAGGCGUAGUGCCUUCUUCUUAUGUCGAGAUCACGGGAGUUGUGCGCCAGGAGACCAUCAGUGGGUUGAACGAGGCGCGGAGCACAGUGGAACAGAAUCGUCGUGAAGAGGAGCGUCUGACGAAAGAGGCGGCUAGGAACAACCGGGACGGCGAUGGUGGGCCUAUAUCUCUCCCGGAGCGACAUAGCAGCCUGGCGGGCGACACCAGGCGUACGUCGAUGCGAGGUUCCGACAAACGGAGUUCCAAGGACCAGUCCAAAUCAAAGCCUAAUCAAAGCAGGAUUCGGACCUGGACAGAUCGGAGCGGGACGUUCAAAGUUGACGCCGAGUUCAUCGGGCUUCGAGAGGGCAAGAUACACCUGCACAAGACGAAUGGUGUCAAGAUCGCCGUUCCGGUGUCAAAAAUGGCCAUCGAAGAUCUAGAGUAUGUCGAGCGUGCUACAGGCGCAAGUCUGGAUGACGACAAGCCGCUGUCGGAAAUCAAGCGCCGUAGCACCCUUAAACAGCAGGACAAGGGCCGAUCGAACGGAUCUCGAUCUGGAGUGGCAGGUGCAAGUGUCCAGAAGAAGGCAGACUACGACUGGUUCGACUUUUUCCUUCAGUGCGGUGUCAACCCUCAGAUUUGCGAGCGCUACGCCGGUGCCUUUGACAGGGACCAGAUGGGUCCUGAGGUGCUUCCUGAUGUCAACGAGAGUCUGCUACGCACACUGGGCCUCAAAGAGGGCGAUAUUCUCAGAGUUAUGAAGUUCCUCGACGCAAAGUACGACCGGAAGAAUGCGCCAAACGGCCAAGACGAGGCAGAAGGUUCCGCUGGUGGUCUAUUCUCCGGCCCUGGUGGUGCUCUACGAAACAACACGCGCAAAGGGCGGCCCGCACCUGCAGUGCAGACGAAUGAUGUGGUCGACGAAGAUGCAUUCAAGCCGAGAACAGAGGGUGCCCUUCCGAGUGAUGCGCCUGCUAUUGCUGCAGGCUCAGCCCGGAAGCCCACAAAUGGAUUCGACGAUGAUGCCUGGGACAUCAAGCCCGCGAGGACCCAGACUCCGACCGCAGGGCCGUCGACUCCAACGCCUGCUGCAACUCCAGAUCCACCUCGACCCAAGGUGAAUGAUGAUAUCGCACAGUUGUCAAUUUCGGCUCCACCACUGCAGCCCACCCCGGCACCUCUGCCUCAAGCCACAACGCCGGCACCACCCUCGCAUCCUCCACAGCAACAGCCCGCACCGGUGGCAAAUCAGGCAAUAUUCGAUAAGAUUGCUUCGUUGGCGCCUGCUGCUCGGCAACAACAACAGAUGCAGUCCAUGCCGACGGGCUACCAGCAACAGUCCAUGCAGACCGGGUUUUCGCAACAGCCGCUUCAAUCCCAAUCGACUGCGGUGCCACGACAACGGCCGGCACCCCCGUCUCAAAUAAAUGCUGGAUUUAAUGCUCCUCCACCGCGGACAGCUUCUGCUCCUGGUUUCCCCUCCCAGCAAACUGGAUUCACGGCAUCACCUCUUCAGCAGCAGCUGACAGGGUAUCAAAAUCCAAACACAAUGCCACAGUUCCCGCCACAGCAACAGUUCCAGAUGCAGCCACAACAGACUGGUUUUCCACAAUCUCAGGGUUAUCCCGCACUUCAGCCGCAGCCCACUGGAUUUUCAAUGCAACCGCCAGUGGGCCAACAAUAUGGCGCGAGUCCAGGAUAUCAAAUGGCCAACGGUCAACAGACUGGUUCGCCUUUCGCCGAUCCACCCCGACAGCCAUUCCAGUCGAUGCCGUCGGGAUUGUCCAACUCGUUCGCACCACAGCAAACAGGAUUCCAGCCUGGCUUUAACCUUUCACAGCCUACAGGCUUCAAUGGGUUGGGGUCCCAGCCUACACAGCCAGCGCCACAGCUUCCUCCACAGCAAACAGGCGGUGUUUUUGGACCGUCUCAGCCGCUAGGUUUGCAGGCUCCUGCUGCGCCGCUCAUGCCACAAAAGACUGGACCUGCGCCGCCUGUCCGUUUCGGCGUGCAACCUGGUGCGAAACCAUUGGCACCCCAACCGACUGGUCGAGCCAAUCUCUCCAAAGCCACUCCUCACAACCCCUUUGGCUUUUAGGUGCUCUUGGGAUCGGUUUUAGAGACCAUACGUGGCGCGAUGUGGAUAUGUACAUAGUAAUUCUCUCGUUGACGAGGUCGAGACCAGCCUCAUCGUCCCCAGGCGCAUCUGGCAUGCCCAUUGACUCGGCGCCAGAACGUAGCAAAGCAAAGCAUGGGAAGAUCAACACGAGAGCUACCAAUUC